AUGUCGUUCGUAUCUCCGGUGGUAGAGUCGUCUCCAGGGGCAAGGACACCUGCAUCGCCUCCAUCCCUGUCUCAGUCAAGUCAGCAGGCCCCUUAUUCUCCGCCUCCUAUCCACACGCCUCGACCAUUUCAGGCCCCAAUCUCUGCCCACGCCUCAAUCCAGCAACAGUUCCAGCAUCCGCACCAGCAGCAGUUCCAGCAGCAACAGCAACAACAUCCUUCAUUCCAGGCAUACCCACCUCCACCGCCCGUCCUGCAGCAUGAUCCAAAGCGUCAGUCAUUCAUCCCUUCGUCCGCUAAUCAGCUGGACUUUUCAAUGGCUGGACUGAGCCUCGCUAACAAUGGAUAUGUCCAAACACCCCCAGCACAGCCGCUACAUCGGCAACAGCAGAGCGCCGCCAUUGAAAAGUCUCUGCCAGCGUUGCCUCCAGGAGAGAGCGCCAGUGUUAGCACUACCACCACCACCAACACCAUUACUACCACUACAACUGCGAGUCACGGUCUAGCCCAUCGUAUCGAGUUCACCACAACCUCAUUGUCACUUUCGGAUGAGCUUGGUUCUUACCUAUCCGACCAAGACACCUUUGUAGUGCCUUCCCCCCCUCCCUCUGUGAUUACUCCUGCGGUUGCUCCUGCUCCUGUCCCUGCCCCUGUCCCUGCUAUUUCACCACCUGCCCAGGAGGCUCUCAAGCAUUCCCCUCCCAACAUUGUCACCACCAUCGAGACCGUCUAUUCUAUGCCGUCACCCAUUCUAGCGCCUAGCCCUCUGUUGCAUCAACAACAACAACAACAGCAACAACAGUCCAUUGAAUCUAGAUCUGCAUCGCCACCUCCUACCACAGCCACUUGGUCGCCCUUCACUGCUCCUUCUCCUGCUCCUUCGUCCAACGCUACCACAAGUACCCCUACUUUACAGGUUAAUCCGAGCAUCCCCUUUUCUGUUAUUCCUGGGCAAGGACUACAACAACAACAACACGCGGCUCUCAAUACCGAGGGCAUUGCUCAGGAUCAAGCGUCGUCGUCGCCGCCGUCCAGCCGGUCAGAUCCACAUCAGCAACAACAGCAAUCACAACAACAGCAAUCACAACAACAGCAGCCAUUCUUUGUGUCACAAGCACCAUAUAUUCAAACCGCCUAUGUCCCGCAAUCUACGUACGCGCCCCAAUCGACAUAUGUUCCACAGUCGACAUAUGUCCCUCAAUCUUCAUAUACUCCUCAGCCCAAGCCUGCAACACAAGCCUCGCAACUCCAGCAACAGCAGCUUCAACAGCAGCUUCAACUCCAGCAACAGCAACAGCAACAGCAACAACAACAGCAGCAACAGCAGCAACAGCAGCAAAACCAGCAAAACCAACAGUUGCAGCAAAAGUUCCAGCAACAGCAGCAGCAACAGCAACAUCAUCCUUAUUCUGCCCAAGCUGGUUACUCUGCUCCACCUAUGGUCUAUAUGUCUGAACAACAGGAGAGUCCGUCGACUUUGGUGCCAUCGCUUGGGAUCCCAUCACCUGUCCACUCGACCCACCCCGGAAGCCUGGUGAACAUGUACAGGGCUCCUUCACCGUCAUCUUCGCACUACGCUCCACCGCCACCAUCGACAAUGGGCGAUCCUUCGACUAUUUCAGGUGACAGAAUGUCAAUUAUUUCUCGCACCGACUCGACCGCGACAUCUGCCCCUCGAAUGUCGAUGACUUCAGAGGAUGGCCGAGGACCAACAGGACAUUUACGAGGAGGAUCCCAUGGAAAUUCUGGUUUGAUUCCUGGUCGAGUGUCGCCCCUUCCUGGUCGUGUCUCGCCUCUCUCUUUGCAGAUCAACAACAACAACGAGGAGCGCUUGAAGCCGAUCCCCUCCAACUCGGAAGAUUGGGCAGCUUUGAUCGACACCCCUGCGUCGCCUGUUUACGAACGUGGAAUGCGACAGCAGUUCCCUGGUCCACCUCCGUUUGCUAAUGGUCCUGGAUACACAGAUUCCCCCGCCGCAGAGGAGCCCGGCCAGGUUAGCGGCGAUUACAUGCAGCACCAGCAUCAGCGUGGACGGUCGUUUGGAUACGGCGGCGGCGGCUUCCCGAGCCAUGCGAUGACGGACCCAACGUCGACGGCUCAUCAUCGUAUGUCGUACCAGCACCACCAGCACCACAGCUCUGCCUCCAGUGUGCCGAUCCCCUCAGGUCCAGCAGACCCCGCUGCAGUCGGAAACUACAACAUGGCUGCCCCAGGAAAUCGCCUCAUGCACCGCCAGUCCUGGUCACCCAACACCUUCGAACCCCUCGAUGCGCCUCUCUCCAACAACAGCAACAAUGGGAACAACGGCAACAACAACGGAUACCUCACUCCUCCACGCCGACUUGACAGCAGUCCCGGUUCUGGUCGUCGUGGGCAUGCGAAACAGAAUUCAGUCGCGACCUCUGUCUCGCUUUUGACCGACCAGGCGAUCCUUGGGAAAUACCGUGAUGCGGCCAACAAGACCAACGAUACCAACCUCCAACUCUCUUUUGCAAAGUACCUGUUGGAGAUUGGCGAGCCCUCAUCUCCUACUUCACCUACCGUAUCCACCGCCACUACCGCCAACACUGAGCCCCUUCAGCCACCUCCACCGCCCACUUCAUCUGGACCCAUGAAUGGAGGAGGAUCCCGGUGCUCAAGCCCUACACCUUAUCAGCCUCAGGACGACUCCGCCGCCGAAAUGUCGGGCAAGAAGAAGUUGACUCAGGAAGCCAUCUACUGGAUCGACCGGUUGGCCAAGGAGGGACAGCCGGAGGCACAGUUCAUCCGGGGUAUCUGGUACGAGGAAGGACUAUACGGGAACAAAAAGAGCGCGGACAAGGCUCUGCGGUGUUUCCAGUCGGCGUCCAAGGGUGACUUUUCGGCGGCCCAUUACAAGGUUGCCACCUACUGUGAGAAGCGUAAGGAUAACAACAAGGCUGUCGUCCUUUAUAAGAAGGCCGCCACCCACAACGAUGUCCCCGCCAACCAUCGACUGGCGAUGGUGUACUUGUACGGAGAGUUGGGCCAGAGCAAGAACAUGAAAACCGGCCUCCAAUACCUCAAACGCGCCGCUUCCUUCGCAACCGAAGCCGCACCCAUGGCACCCUACGUCUUAGGCCAGAUCCUCGCCCGGGAAUACAAACAACUCGCGAUACCUGACGACAUUGCCUUCCCUGACGAUGGCGAAGCCCUCGAAUGGUUUAAAAAGGCCGCCGAUCUCGGCCACGGCCCGGCAGACUUCAAACUCGGCUGCUGCUACGAAUACGGAACCCUGGGCUGUACUAUCGACCCCUUCGUGUCGAUCCAGUAUUACGAGCGCGCUGUCCAAGCGGGCGACCCAACGGGUGAGGCCGAGAUGGCGUUGUCGGGUUGGUACCUGAGUGGGGCCGAGAAUUGUUUUGAGGCGGAUGAUGCGGUUGCGUUCCAGUAUGCGGCCAAGGCGGCCGAGAAGCAGUUGCCCAAGGCCCAGUAUGCGAUGGGGUACUAUUAUGAAGUCGGGAUCUCGAUUCCUUCGGAUUUGGGGAAGGCAAUGGAGUUUUAUAAAUUGGCGGCUGCGAAUGGGAACAAGGAGGCUCGGGCGAGGCUGUCGGAGCAGACGUCAGGGUUUGAUAAGAGUGGGCAUAAGAAUAGUAUUCGGCGGAUUAGCCAUGGUCGUAAUGCCAAGGAUAAUAACUGCAUCAUCAUGUAA